GCCUUCUCCAAGCCAUGGCCAAGAAACCUCCAGUGCCGGACAAUGUCAUCCCCUUCCUGCGCAUUACUGUGAUUGGUGAUGCAGAAAGUGGAAAGACAAGUCUGAUCAAUGCCUGGAUGAACAACUCAUGCUCUUUGAACUACACGGCGACAUUGGAUCCAACGCUCUAUCACAGGACGAUGAAAAUUCCAAACCCACUGGAAGAGGAGGAGACGGUCACCGCUCUGAUUGAGGUGGAAGACACCUACGCUCCCAUUCGUACAGGUGGCAUUGAUAUGUACGGGCAGAAGCGCGACGUUGAUGAGCUCGUCGAGGUGAAACCGCCUCCACGUGAGCCAGUGGUCACACCAGCAUACUACGGACCUUUUGCUGAAUAUGAGGCGCUGACGCAGUUGGAGUAUCGUCCAUUGUCCCGUUGCAGGAUGGGAUUUUUGCUGGUCUUUGAUGCUACGGUGGAGGAGUCCUUGAAGACCGCCAUGGAGAUGUUCAACAGUAUUUGUUUGCAAUCGGCGACCAAGACGACAGUCCCGAAGGGAAUUACAGUCUUCUUGGUCGCAAAUAAGAUUGACAAAGAUCCCUUGGUGGACGAAACGAUCAAGACACGAGCAGCAGCAAAAGCUUUCGCAGAAAUCAAAGAGCUUCCAUAUUUCGAGGUCUCUGCCUUGAAAUUCAUACGAGUGCGGAAGGUUUUCAGGGAGAUGGUGGAACACAUUGUGCUGCAGCCGCAGCUUUGGAGCUCCGACUCCUUGAAGGAAUUCUAUCAGAACAAAAAGAAAGUCUCGCUGACGCAAGAGAAUUGUGCUCUUCAGUGAGAAAGCCCGGGAAUCAUGGAUCCAUGUGGAUAUGGAUCUAUCAC